AUGGAGGACGGUGCCCUAGCCCAACUGAUAAAAAUGGUAGGCGGUUGUGAUCCCACUCCCUCCACCAGCCAUUCAACUCCCGCCCAGUCCACUACCUCUCCAGUCCAGCGAUCUAUCGUAUCCAAAAGCUCCAGCCACACUACCACGCCCAAACUACCGCCUACCGUAAACACUUUCUACCCUCAAAUACCUCAGCCUGACAUUGUACAACUGUUCUACUUCCAGCAACUUAUGCAACAAAAGUUUUAUGCAGAUCUAAUGGCCAUGAGUGCGAUGACAACAGCCAGGAGUAUCAAGGAAGUCAGCACGCCUCAAUUGCCUACGGUAAGAUUUGUGAUAAAAAAUUUUUUGAUAAGCUUUAAAAUUAUUUUAAAAAUUAAAUUACAGUACAUUUUUUGUAGUUACCUAUUUUCUCAAAUUCCUAUUUAACUUUAACUUUUUUGGUCCCACCACGAAAACCCUGAUUUUCAACUUUUUGAAUUUUUAAAGUCAUGUUUUGUAGAAAACAUGCUUUCCAUGUAAUUUUUGACCGAAAGACAUUGUUUUUCUUAAAGUAAAUUUAAUUAUUCAGACGAGUUCAACAGACCCUAAGGCCGACCCUUUAAUGAGUUUGUACGACAUGGUGAACCCUGACCAGAAACCAAAAAAAGAAGACAAAGAGCCUCAGAAAUGUAAGUAAUGUGGGUUAGGCAACCAGACAAUAACUUUUAUAUUACACAAGUAAUUGAUUUUUGAUCGCUAAUAGUUAACCAAGUAUGCACGGUGCAGGGCCUCAAAAGGCUGUGAUUUGUCCACUGCACCGUGCAGAUUUAUUCUGCAAGCUUUUGUAAUAAAAAUAUAAAGGAGCCUAGGCUUUCCUUUGUAAAUUUUAAAUCUUCAGCCUUAUUUUUAAACUUUAGACAAAUUCAUCCUCAUUUUAAACCAUUACACUUAUUAAAAAUGGCACAUUUCAGUAAAACGCCCCAACUUCUCGAUCGAGGGCCUUCUCUGUUCCCAGAAGUCGGAACGAAAUUCACUCAUUAAGAACGGCGGUGUGAUCAAAACGAAACGAAAACAUAUUGAACUCAACAGGUAUUCCCAGUGA